AUGGCAUCUGAAGCUGCUGCACCCGCACCAACUGCUGCCCCGGCUGCUGGUAAAUCCGGCGAAAAGUCUUUCAAUGAUAAGGGCAAGCCUAUGGAGGUCAGGCUGUCCAACAUGACAGCCGCCAAAGCGAUUGGCGAUGUUGUGAGGACUUCGUUGGGCCCAAAGGGUAUGGACAAGAUGAUACAAACAUCUCAAGGGGAAGUCAUCAUCACCAACGACGGUGCAACGAUUCUUAAGCACAUCGCAGUCUUGCAUCCUGCCGCGAAGAUGUUGGUAGAACUUUCAGCGGCUCAGGAUAUCGAGGCCGGAGAUGGUACGACUAGCGUUGUGGUUUUGGCAGGAAGCUUGCUUGGCGCAGCUGAAAAGCUGCUCUCCAAAGGCAUACAUCCUACGGUCAUUGCCGAGUCGUUCCUCCGCGCGUCAGCCAAAGCGGUCGAAUAUUUGACUGAUAUUUCUACCCCUGUUGACUUGAAAGACAAGGGAUCGCUGUUGCGCGCUGCAAGCACGUCCCUAAACUCCAAGAUCGUGUCUCAAUACUCCUCCAUCCUUGCUCCCAUCGCCGUCUCUGCUGUUACUCGUCUCAUCACCCCUACCUCUGCGAACGUAGAUUUGCGGGAUAUUCGUAUCGUCAAGAAAGUCGGAGGAACGAUUGAAGACACCGAACUUGUGGAGGGCGUAGUAUUGAAUCAAAAUGUGAUAACUACGGCUGGGGGACCGACUAGGAUAGAAAAGGCCAAGAUUGCGUUGAUUCAGUUCCAGCUGAGCGCACCUAAGCCCGACAUGGACAAUACCGUCGUGGUCAAUGACUACCGUCAAAUGGACAAGAUCCUUAAGGAGGAACGCCAGUAUCUUCUCAAUAUGUGCAAAAAGAUCAAAAAGACGGGCUGCAAUGUGAUCCUUAUCCAAAAAUCCAUCCUCCGCGACGCGACAAACGAAAUGUCACUCCACUUUUUGUCCAAACUCAAGAUUCUGGUCGUCAAAGAAAUCGAACGAGACGAGAUUGAGUUUUUGGCCAAGAGCACGGGGUGCAAGCCCAUCGCGGAUAUCGAGGCGUUUACGGAAGACAAGCUCGGGUACGCGGACUUAGUGGACGAAGUCGAGAAAUCCGGCGCGAGGAUCGUGACGAUCUCAGGUGUCAAAAACCAGGGCCGAACGGUCUCGGUGCUAUGCAUGGGUGCCAACUCGUUGGUCCUUGAAGAGUCGGAGAGGAGUCUUCAUGAUGCGUUGUGUGUAGUUCGGUGCCUGGUCAAGAAGCGAGCUCUGAUCGCAGGCGGCGGCGCUCCCGAGAUUCAUGUCUCCCGGCUGCUGUCGCAAUAUGCACAAACACUCAAGGGAAUGGAAUCUUAUUGUUUCCAGGCGUAUGCCGACGCACUCGAGGUUAUUCCGACCACCUUGGCAGAGAAUGCCGGAUUGAACCCGAUUGCGAUCGUUACUGAAUUACGCAACCGUCAUGCGCUUGGGGAGAAGAAUGCAGGUAUCAACGUCCGCAAGGGACUUAUUUCGAACAUUUUGGAAGAGGAUGUGGUUCAACCAUUGUUGGUGUCCACGAGUGCGGUAGAACUUGCAACCGAAACUGUUGCAUUAUUGCUCAAGGUGGACGAUUACCACCUUACACGAUGA